CAACAUUGAAAUAUAAUCACUAUUAGAAAUACAAAAUGUCCAUAGUUCGACAGGAAGGAAAAGACACCAUUAUCUUUGCCACCAAAGAAGACCACGCAUCACCAAGUACAAUUACCCUUCCAGAACCAGAACCAAGUCCUGGAUUGCUUCUUCCAAAUGGAGAAAUUAACUGGAAUUGUCCUUGCUUGGGAGGAAUGGCAACUGGACCUUGUGGUCUAGAGUUCAGAGAUGCUUUUUCUUGUUUUCACUAUUCCAGCGCUGAGCCAAAAGGAUCUGAUUGCUAUGAAGCCUUUAAAACAAUGCAGUCGUGUAUGUCUGAAUAUCCUGCACUUUAUGGAAACAAAGAUACUGAUAUGGAUGAUUUAGACAUGGAUGAAGCGGAAGCUUUAGAUUCUAAAAAAAGCCAAGAUAGAAAAGAUUUAGAACCAAAAGAAUCAUCGCAGGAUCGAAUUACGCAAAUAAAAGCAUCUUCUAAUGAAGCACAGGUUGAACGAGUUGGUGAUAAAUAGAUAAUUACCUAAUUUUGUAGAAAAUAUUUUAGGUGUAAGAAUAUCAGGUGGUGUUUUCGAAUAACAACAAAGUAAAGACAUUUUUAAAAAGGUUAA